CGAUUUGCGAUAAACGCGAUACUCCAAUCACUACGUGCACUUUGGCGAACGUGUUUUAAAAUGCGAAUUCUUAUCAAAGCAGUUUCAUUUGAUCGACAGAAUAUCACAAACUGGAGGAGAUGCUGGCCAUGAUUUUGGCCAAGGUGGAUUUCAUAGAGAGGAUUCAGCAAGAUAUCUGGGAGCAGCUGGCUCAACAGGGAGACUCUCGUUCUGGAUCGUCGGCACAGCUCGGUUUCCGGCGUCUGAAAACGACAGAAGACUUCCAGCAGCUGGAUGAACUCCUUGGUCGUAGCACUGAGGCUCAAGAUGCCAUGAAGGAAGAGCUCACACGCUGGUGUUCUGUGGACUUCAGACACAGUGUUAUUCGGAUAAUGUCGAUGGUUUUCGGCCCAGAGCUCUCAAAACACCUAUCCCUGAAAGGAAAAAAUCAAAAAAUGGGUGUGGGCAACACGCACGUUUUCGAUGUGAUUUCAGACGUCCUUCACACUGCCUGGGGUGCCUCAAGGGCGGAUGUUAGCCGCAGGAUGUCCAAGUGGCUCUCUGGGUCCCGGGAUCGCACCAGUGGAGAACUGCCGUCCCGCAAGAAGAAGAUUGGACACGUGGAGCAGGCCUCUGCCGCUGACGAGGAUGACGCCACUGGAGAGACGCCAGAAUGAACGAAAAACGACGCUGUUGGAGGAAAAGCAGAAAGCUAGCGCUCUGAGAGUUUGAGACGUGUUUCAUUGGGACGUGUUGAGACUUUGGAAGUGAACGUUUUUUACCGACGCGUGUUUACCGUCGUGGGGAAGGGAGACAGGGCGUUUUUGUUGUGUGUUUCCUUGACUCUGUCUUUUGGAUUAUAAUAUCUUGACCCCGUCUUUGAUUUGCCGAAAUACACGUUUUCUGAGCUUA